AUGGCUAGCAUGGCUGUUCAGUUACUGGGCUUCUUCUUGAGUCUUCUUGGUCUAGCUGGAACAAUAACGGCUACCAUCCUGCCUCACUGGUGGAGAACGGCACAUGUAGGAACCAACAUCAUCACGGCUGUAGCGUACAUGAAGGGUCUCUGGAUGGAAUGUGUUUGGCACAGCACUGGGAUCUAUCAGUGUCAGCUCCACCGCUCGCCCCUUGCUUUGCCUCGUGAUCUGCGAGCAGCCCGUGCCAUGAUGGUGAUCUCCUGCGUCCUUUCCACUCUGGCAUCUGUAGCUGCUGCAAUAGGCAUGAAGUGCACCCAAUGUGCCAAAGGGUCUGCAGCCAAAAAUGUAUUUGCCAUCCUGGGUGGAGUGCUUUUCAUCCUGGCUGGUCUCAUCUGCCUCAUCCCUGUUUCUUGGUCAACCAAUGAUGUUGUCACUGAUUUCUACAACCCAAUGCUGCCCAAUGGAAUGAAAUACGAGAUUGGGCAAGCUCUUUACCUUGGCUUUGUCUGUGCAGCACUGAGUAUCCUUGGUGGAGUUAUCUUGUGUGCUUCAUGCCAACAUACUGCCAACAACAUAGCCUACAACCCACAACCAAGGAUUACAAGGGCAGCUCCAUCCUACAGACCACCAAUGGCCUACAAGGCAAACCAUACGUCAUCAGUAUCUUCUGCUUCACACGGUGGUUACAGGUUAAAUGACUAUGUGUGA